AUUAAGUUUCUUCUCGUUUUUCUCCUAAAAGCUUUGUCUGAACUUACAACUACAAACAACUGAUUCGAUGUAGUGUUACUUUAGCGUUACCUUGUUAUCACUCUUACAACAACAUAAGCACAUAGGCUAACCUCCCCACCAUCCAAAUAGAUUUUUGCUUUCCACCAGGCUAGCCUACAUAACUUUUUUUCGCGCCGAGCCCUACUCGGCUUUAGUUUCACCUCACCUCAUAGUCAAUUUUGCAACACUACACCAACUAUCUCGCAAAAAUAACCUUUUCUGCUGCAUCCGCAGACCUAAUUAUGGCCAACUCUACCUGCGCCUGCAGUGAUCUAGCUAAUGCUAAUGAAAGACUAGCCAAAGCCAACAUGACGAUUGAAACACUUAGAAGUGACAUUCGCCGGCUACGUUGCGAGAUAGUCAUAAAAUCCCAUAACACCACGUUGAAACACCAAACCAGUAAUACUAGCGCCAACCUAACUACACUAUCUUUUUUCCCCAGCCACAGCAAACACCAGCCGAAGUCCCCCCCGAAUCCACCGUGCUCCACUCCCGCGCGUCGUAGCUGGACGGAGGUGCCCAAGCCUCUACCACAAAGAGUGCGACCCAGUAGCCGCCGGACCCUCGCUACCCCCAGGCAAAUCACCCGAGAGCAGCCUGCCCAUUCAGAACCCCGGCGACCAUCAACAGUCCUCAUAGGAUCUUCGAUGGUUCGCCACGUAACCCUACGAAACGCCCAGACGUGGUGCCUACCUGGAGCUCUCGUAGCCGAUGUCCAGUCGAAUGUGCCGGACGCGCUGUCACAGUAUCCUACUGCCACAACUCUCAUCGUCCACGCAGGCUCCAAUGACAUCCGGCUGCAGCAGUCUAAAAAACUUGAGUCCGAUUUCCUCUCCCUUAUUAAUACCCUUCGCAGCACUGGAAAAAAAUACGCUAUCUCAGGCCCCAUCCCCUCUGUUUGUUUCUCUGCCUUCCAGUUCUCCCGAAUCCGCCAACUGCACGUCUGGCUGAUGAGACACUGCCGCCAAGAAGCCAUUCCCUACGUUGACAACUUCUCCGCUUUCUGGAACCGCCGAAACCUCUUCGCACGAGAUGGAAGGCACUUAAACAGAUCUGGCGCUCGUCUCCUCGCGACCAACCUAGAGCUGACCCUCGAAGCCCAUCGGUCCUUGGAUUGACUAACAGGUGUUUCAAAUCCAAAGCACUACACCAAUUUAGACACUGCGUGCCCAACAGAGAGUACCCCACUAGCUAUCCACGCUGUCACUACCCGUAGGAAAGCUCGCAGAUAUAGACCCUCUGGUUGUGUACACAACAACCUAAUUACGAUUACACCUGAACGCAUAAACAAUAGCUCUACUACUUUGAAUGUUAAUGCUGCAUUACUUAACGUGCAGUCCUUGACCAACAAAAGCUUCGUAGUAAACCAGCUGGUCUCGGACAAAAACAUAAGCUUUAUGUUUCUUACCGAAACAUGGCUUAAAGACGACGGGGCGGCUACUUUUAUUGAGGCUUGCCCUUCCGAUUACAAAUUCCUUCACGCCCCGAGACCAAAGAAACGAGGCGGAGGCGUAGCCAUACUUUUCUCCAACAAAUUUAAUUGUACUAAGAUGAAUCUGGGCUCUUUCUCUUCAUUUGAAUACAUGGCAAUGAGGGUCCAAGCAAACCUCAAACUGAUUAUUAUUGUUCUGUACCGUCCACCGAAAUUCUCUUCGUCAUUUCUAUCUGAUUUCUCCACCUUCAUGUCGGACGUACUUACUAACUAUGACAAAGCAAUAAUUGCUGGCGACUUUAAUAUCCACGUAAAUAAAUCAGAUGACGCAAUAGCCAAGUCUUUCUUAGACACAUUAAAUGGAUUCGGUCUCGUCCAGAAUGUUACAGAACAGCCUACCCAUCGAAAAGGCAACACACUUGACCUUGUUAUUUCACAUGCGCUUGAUAUCAACAAUAUAUCGGUCACGGACGUCGGCCUCUCCGACCACCACUGUGUGUUUUUUGAUUUUGACAUUUCAACACAAAUUAGCACACCCAACAAUGUCAUUCACAGACGACGCAUUAAUGCCUCUGCUGAGCUUAAGAUUUCAGACCUCAUCAAAUCAGGUGACCUACUAAAUGGUCACUGCACACCUGAUGAAAUGGUUGAUAGCUUCAACAACAACUUAAGAGGAAUUCUAGAUAACAUAGCUCCAAUUAGAACGACGACAAGAACCAGAGCUAGGUAUUCACCUUGGAUGAAUGACUCACUUAGAGCCUUAAAAAGAAAAUGCAGAGUAACCGAGCGUCUUUGGAGGAAAACUAAAUUAGAAGUCCACAGACAAUCCCUUAGGGAUGAGAUCUCCUCCUACAAUAAUGCGGUACGCUCAGAGAGAAAAGCAUAUUUUUCCAAAAUCAUAACAGACAACCAGCAUAAUGCGAAAGUUCUUUUUUCCACUAUUGACCACCUGCUUAAUCCAACACAUAGCAAUAACAACCUAAAUGCAGCAUCACAUGCCAAGUGCGAGGAAUUUGCUAGAUUUUUUAAUAAAAAGAUUGCCGACAUUAGAGAAGGCAUCCAAGGUGGAAACGCAGCAACCUCUGUCGCCCACUCAGGCGAUACACCGAGGGGAGGGUUAAACCCCCCUAGGAGACCUGAGAGCUUCCAAAAGUUUUGUCCAAUUACAGAGGACGACCUCUGUAAAAUAGUCAGGGAAAGUAAGCAGUCUACCUGCAGCCUUGACGCGAUCCCCACAUAUCUGCUA